GCCGUUAGACAAAAAGAGAUCAAUAUCGGUGCCUUGAAGAAAGAUCACGUGAAGGAGAUUGAGGAGCUGAAGUUUGAGUUGCAGCUUGGACGCCAGCGCUCUGAACAUCUAGACAAACUGCUCGAUCAGCAAAGAAAGCAACUGCUGCAGUUGAAGCCCCGCUCUGUUCACCGAAAGUAA